GCCGCCCAGGCCCCGGCGGGAGGCGCGGCCCAGCGGAGCGAGGCCCGGCGCGGCCGCCAAUCGGCGCCGGGGGGAGGGCGCGGGCGCCGCGGGUAUAAGAAGGGCCGCGGGGAGCGAGCGUCGCUGUAUCGGGGAGGCGAGAAAGUGCUCGCUUGUGUGGGGCGAGAUCUGCCAUCAUGAAUCUCUGUCUGACCACGGUCUGCCUCUGUUUGGGACUGGCCUCCGGCGCUCCGAGAGUUGACUCCGAGCUCGACAGCCACUGGCAGCUGUGGAAGUCGUGGCACAACAAGGACUACCAUGAGAGAGAGGAAAGCUGGAGAAGAGUGGUGUGGGAGAAGAAUCUGAAAAUGAUUGAACUCCAUAAUCUGGAUCACACAUUAGGAAAACACAGCUACAAGUUGGGAAUGAAUCAGUUUGGUGACAUGACAACUGAGGAGUUCAGACAGCUGAUGAAUGGCUAUAUACACAAGAAGUCAGAAAGGAAAUACAGAGGAUCCCAGUUCCUUGAGCCCAGCUUCCUGGAAGUGCCACGAUCAGUAGACUGGAGAGAGAAGGGAUAUGUAACUCCGGUUAAAGACCAGGGUCAGUGUGGCUCUUGCUGGGCUUUCAGCACAACAGGAGCUCUUGAAGGGCAGCACUUCAGGAAAACUGGCAGACUUGUUUCGCUGAGUGAGCAGAAUCUGGUGGACUGCUCUCGCCCUGAGGGGAAUCAAGGCUGCAAUGGUGGUCUUAUGGACCAGGCUUUCCAGUAUGUGCAGGAUAAUGGGGGAAUUGAUUCAGAGGAAUCCUACCCAUACACUGCAAAGGAUGAUGAAGACUGUCGCUACAAGGCAGAGUACAAUGCUGCUAAUGACACUGGCUUUGUUGACAUCCCUCAAGGACAUGAAAGAGCUCUCAUGAAAGCAGUAGCAGCUGUGGGUCCAGUGUCUGUUGCUAUUGAUGCAGGCCAUUCUUCAUUCCAGUUUUAUCAAUCAGGUAUCUACUAUGAACCAGACUGCAGCAGUGAAGACCUGGACCAUGGUGUUCUGGUUGUAGGUUAUGGCUUUGAGGGGGAAGAUGUAGAUGGGAAGAAAUACUGGAUUGUUAAAAACAGCUGGGGUGAGAAGUGGGGUGACAAAGGAUAUAUCUACAUGGCCAAGGACAGGAAGAACCACUGUGGAAUAGCAACAGCUGCUAGCUAUCCACUUGUAUAAUUUGAAGACUGAACAUUUCAGUACAAGAGGGGAUUUUAAACUGAAUGACCAAAACCGUGUUUGGUCUACAUGUAGUAGACUUGUAUCCUUCAAAGGUCAACUUGAUUUUCUUUUUUUAAACUUUUGAAGUAUGUUUUACAUGUUGGUGACAUGCCACUUGUUUUAAAUUAAUGUAAAUGUUGGUAUGUAAACAGCUUGUAAUAUUGCUGGCUUGACUGGUUAAUCUAAUAGAUUCUUCUUUGUAUUUUUUUUUUUAAUUACAAUGUGCCCAAAUGUCUACUUUUUAAAUAAAUCCUUAAUUUCCAGUGUGUACAGACGG